CCACCCGACGCAGCCAAAGCUAGCAGCCACCAUCCAGAGCAAGAAAACGCAGGCAAGGCAAUUCCCUUUUGCUGCCCCCGAGCCUCACCCCCAAUCAUCGAGGGGGGCCGGGCGGAGGCGGAGGAGUGGGGGCAAAUCGGAUUAGACGGACACGUCGUCCCCGUCCCGGCCCCGAGUCUCACCUCACCAAUCGCCCUCCCCUCUGCAGUCUGCAGGCAGGCAAGGGAGGGACGGUCGGAGAUCUGAUUGCUCCUCCCCUUAUCUUCUCUCGCCUUCCCCUCCCUCUCUCCCGUUCUUCCUUCCAAUCCGCUGUCGCCAUAUCUGCCCACGAUUGCGAUUGCCCCGCGGUUGGCCAUUGCAUGCCUCGCUCGCGUCUCCUUCGCCGCCCGCGGAUCCCGCCGCGCUUCUAGGAGCUUUCGUCCCGCGUGCCGGGGCUCCCGACAUCGGACUUGCUGUGUUCCCCCCCCCCCCCCCCCCCCGAUUCGUCGUUGCUCGCCGCCAUGGAUUCUUCUUAAUCAAAUCAAUUCUCUCUUCCCCCCACCCCAAGCUUUCGUCCUUGCUUGGGAGCAGCCUCCUGCAAGGCUGUGUUAGUUACCGUGUGGGGGGCACGGAGGCCGAGGCCGGCCCAUGGCGUCCAGAGACUUCCUGCGCGUCUUCGGCGAGGGGUCCGGGUCCGGGUCGCCGAAGGCCGCCAACGCCGGCGCCGGAGGCCAGUCCGACGACGUCGAGCUCAGCCUCGGCCUCUCCCUGGGCGGCCGCUUCGGCACCGACGCCGCCGCCAAGCGCCCGCGCCUCGCGCGCUCCUCCUCCAUCGCCUCCGUCUGCUCCGUCUCCUCCCUCCACGGCGAGGGAGACGCCGACGCCGACCCGUCCCCGGCCGCGCCGCUGCCGCUGCUGCGCACCACCUCGCUGCCCACCGAGACCGAGGAGGAGCGCUGGCGCCGACGCGAGAUGCAGAGCCGCCGCCGCCUCGAGGCGCGCCGGAAGCGCGUCGAGCGGCGCAACUCCUCCAUGGCCUCCCUGGUCCCCGCCGGACCCAAGCCCGCCGCUGCAGCCGCGGACGCGAACGCGAACGCCGCCGUCGGCAGCGGGAGGAGGUCCAACGCCUCGCAGGGGAGCAACUCUGUAAGCACCACCGAGCAAGGUAUUGGUGGAAGCGCAAUUAACCAGUCCACAGAUGCUAGGAGUCCAUCAACCUCUGAUAACACAAAUCAAAAUAGCAUGCUUCCUCCAACCAAAGCGGCUGAGAAGCCACUAAAUGGCACUCCCACAGAGCAGCCUCGCCUGCGGACGCUUGGGUCCCUCACAACACGUACGAGCAGUACCAGUGACAUCAGGAAGCUCAUGAUGGAGGACAUGCCAAUGGUCUCAUCCAAGGUAGAAGGGCCUAACACCAGGAGGAUCGACGGCUUCCUGUACAGGUACAAGAAAGGCGAGGAUGUGAGGAUAGUAUGCGUCUGCCAUGGUAGCUUCCUCACUCCUGCAGAGUUUGUUAAGCACGCUGGCGGCGGUGAUGUGUCGAAUCCGCUUCGGCAUAUAGUCGUCAACCCUGCUCCAUUCUCAUGAACAGGGGGUUACAGGGUUAAACUGCUGCUGGUAUCUACUGUGCUGUAACAUGUAGGCUCCCUGUUUCGGGGAGUUCAACGGAAGGUCUCUGUAUUUUACAUAAAUUGAGUGUGACAGCAAAUUCAAGAGAAAUGUCAUCUGCAAAUGUUAUAGGCUUGUCUACAAAUUGACAAGGAUUCAGUUGCUGCAAUAGGUGGGUCGUAGUCUGGCACCCUGGAGGACAUGCAGGCUUACAACACGAGCCUGUUCUUUAACAUUAAAUCGCUCAAAUUCACUUUAA